UGAAAAUACUGAAUUUGCUACACCUUCAUGCGCAUCCCUGAAGCAACACAGGCCAGGCCAGCAUUUCAGUUUGAAUAGAAAUAAAUCUGAUAUAUCAGAGUUACUUCUUGUAAUGACCGAGUAUUACAUUUACUCAUAAUUUACCCCAAUAUAUACAGAAGCUUGAGAGUUUUAUAUUACAUAACAUUAUCUAUAUCAAGAUUUUCCUCCCCAUUACCACAUACCUCACUGAAACAGCUCUUCCAGACUGGUCUUGAUAGGGCAAUGAUACCUUGUGUUUCAGCAUGCUCAGGCUUUCUGCUAGCUUGUUUGCUUGCCUUUACAUUUCAAAUCUUCUACUUCUCACCUAUAUCUCCGGACUUGCUUGAACUGCCUCCCGCUUCAGCUCUUCCCACAAACAAGCACUUACAGGAAGUGACUAAACUUGGAGAAGGAUUUCUAGAUCGCCCAGAGGAUGUUGUCGUGGAUAGAGAUGGUAUCCUCUACACAGCUGUUAGAGAUGGGUGGAUCAAAAGAAUGCAUAAGAACGGAUCCUGGGAGAAUUGGAAGAAGAUAGACAGUGAUGGUUUACUUGGGAUUGCAACUUCGAAGGAAGGUGGUCUUAUUGUUUGUGAUGCUGAAAAGGGUUUGCUUAAGGUUAGUGAAGAUGGAGUGGUGGUUCUCGCAACACAUACUAAUGGUGGAUCCAAAAUAAGGUUUGCAGACGAGGUCAUUGAAUCAUCGGAUGGAAGUCUUUAUUUUAGUGUUGCAAGCACCAAAUUUGGAUUCCACGACUGGUUCUUGGACGUUCUGGAGGCAAAACCUCAUGGGCAGUUGCUCAAGUAUGAUCCAUCAUUGAAUGAAACAUCGAUUUUGCUUGAAGGUUUGUGCUUCCCUAAUGGUGUUGCUCUCUCAAGAGAGGAAGAUUAUCUGGUCUUCUGCGAAUCUUGGAAAUACAGGUGCCAGAAAUAUUGGCUGAGGGGAGCGGACAAGGGGAAAACAGAGAUCUUCAUCGACAACCUUCCUGGUAGUCCUGAUAACAUCUAUCUGGCACCGGAUGGCUCUUUCUGGAUUGCUCUGCUACAGGUUGUGCCUAAUGGGCUGGAGUUCGUUCACAGAUCAAAGCCAUCCAAACACUUGGUUGCAUCCUUUCCUAAGUUAGCUAACCUAGUCAACGGUGCCCGUAGGAAAGCAACGGUGGUAAACGUGGCCGCUGAUGGCAAGAUUACCAGGAGGUUUGACGAUCCUGUAGGCAAAGUGAUGUCUUUUGUUACAACAGCUUUCGAGUUCGAGGAUCACCUUUACCUAGGAAGCCUAAAUACCAACUUCAUUGGAAAGUUGCCAUUGAAUCCCACGAAUUCUUGAACUUCAGACCAUCAGACGAGGAAGAACAAGUAUGGAGCAUGAAUUCAAAAAAGGCUCCCAAGAUAAGUUAUGACACUUGGCUGUUCAGACUAGAACCCAUAUUAUUUUGAAUAACUAAUGGAGAUAUUGCAUGCUGGCUUCCUAGUCU